AUGGAUGCCAUUGAAGAUUUGGCUGAUGAUGAUGAAGCUUUCCGGGAAGAUCACCAGGAUAUUCAAGCACGCGCACAAGGGCAGCAUGGUUGUGUGGUCGUGCCCUACCCAGAUCCGUGUGCUGGCCAAAAAAUAACCAACUGUCGUGCUGCGAACAUGGAAUAUGGGGCGCACCUGGCCAAUGCGGAGGAGAAUCUGUAUCACCCUUUCGCAUCCAAGAUGGAUUGGGAGGUUGCGAGAUGGGCUAAGCUUCGUGGAGUGAGUUCAACGGCAUUGUCAGACUUGCUUGCAAUCGAGGGGGUCAGUGAACACUUGUCACUCUCAUUCAAGAAUGCAAAUGAGUUGAAUGCCAUUGUCGAUCACGAGCUUCCGACAGGCCGUCCAAAGUUCAAACGCGAGCAGAUUGUUGUUGCUGGAGAAGCGUUUGACGUCUAUUACCGCGAUGUGAUCGAAUGUGUCAAGUCAUUGUAUGGUGAUCCUGACUUCGCCAAAUAUCUCGCAUUUGCCCCUCAACGGCACUAUUCUGACGAAGACGAGACAAUUCGUCUCUUUCACGAUAUGCACACCGGCAAAUGGUGGUGGGAUACGCAGAAAAAACUCGACCAGCACAGUCCAGGUGGCACCAUUAUUCCCAUCAUUAUCUCAUCCGACAAAACACAAGUAACAUUGUUCCGCAACAAGUCCGUCUAUCCUGUCUAUCUCACCAUUGGCAACAUCCCGAAGGAAAUUCGACGCAAGCCUUCGCGUGGCGCACAUAUACUUCUAGCUUAUUUGCCUUGUACAUGGCUUGAGCAUAUUGCCAACAAAGCUUCGCGUCGCCGAACUUUGGCAAACCUCUAUUACGCAUGCUUAAGUAGGGAUCCGCACGGUCGUAUUCUGGCUCCACUGAAAUCUAUAGGGCUAGAAGGGCUUCGUAUGGCUAGUGGGGAUGGUGCCCUCCGCCGUUGCCACCUAUUAUUUGCCAGCUUCAUCGGUGACUACCCAGAACAACUUCUCGCUACUGGGAUCAAGUUUGGAGAGUGUCCGAAAUGCGACGUGGACAUUGGCGAAACGGGUAGUAAUACAGCUCCUUUCCACCUACGAAACCUUAGCAAGGUGCUAGAUGCCCUCGCUACUCUCGACGAAGGGAACCUAUCCUUUGUUCGUGCUUGCUCGGAAGCAGGCAUCAAGCCUAUUGUCCAUCCUUUCUGGGAAGACCUCCCGUUCGCCAAUAUAUUCCGUGCAAUCACGCCAGACGUGUUGCACCAAUUAUAUCAAGGCUUGAUAAAGCAUCUCUUAGGUUGGUUGUCGGCUGCUUGUGGAGCGGCCGAAAUUGAUGCUCGUUGUCGCCGUCUUCCUCCCAACCACCAUAUACAUCUGUUCAGCAAGGGUAUCACUGGCUUGUCGCGUAUAAGCGGAACAGAACAUGCACAAAUCUGUCGUUUUCUCCUCGGUAUCGUGAUUGGCAUCCGUCUGCCCAAUAAUCUAAACGGGGGCCGUCUUCUACGAGCAGUGCAGGGCCUACUUGACUUCCUUUAUCUUGCUCAAUAUCCAUGUCAUAGCUCCGAGACUCUACAGCUACUGGAUGACGCACUCAAUCUUUUCCAUGAGAAUAAGGACAUUUUCAUCGACCUUGGUAUCCGUUCAAAUUUCAAUCUCCCGAAACUCCACGCCACUCGCCACUACUCUGCCAUGAUUAUGAUGAUGGGUACGACGGACAAUUAUAAUACUGAGUACACUGAACGACUUCACAUCGAUUUUGCGAAGGACGCUUACCGUGCUACGAAUCACAAAGACGAAUUUGUGCAGAUGACAUGCUGGCUCGAGCGGAAGGAGAAGAUUAUGCGCCAUGCCAAGUAUAUUAACUGGCGACGUGCUGGUGUUAAGGAGACCGAGCCUUACCAUUCACGCCCCCCCGAUAUGACUUUUCGUCGGCUUCAAAGUGUGGCGAAGCACCCUAGUGCAAAGGCCAUCAGUAUAGAGAAGCUAGUCGAAGACUACGGCGCUACCUAUUUCCGUGAAGCACUCGCACGCUAUAUCACACAGAUAAGCCAUGCCAACGAUCCUAUCCCCCUCCGUAGUCAAACACUAGAUGCGUUAGCACGGGAUGUCCAUUUCCCAUUCCGAACUCUCCCCGUUUUUGACAAGAUCAAGUGGCUCUCGGUAGAUGCUCGUGGUCACGGCGAUGCGACAGCCACGUUGGACUGUGUACAUGCCAGACCACAACGGAGUUCAGGUUCUGGUCUGCGGCCUCGCCGUUCUGAUACGGCUCUCGUGAGUGUUGGUGGGAAUCCAGAUGUUGUUAGUGGAGGUAUAGAAGGAGUUCGUGUUGGGCAAGUACGAGUCGUUUUCUCGUUACCUUCGAAAAUAUUGCCACUCUUGUUUCCGCCAACAGUCAAGGUUCCCGACCACUUGGCUUAUAUUGAAUGGUUCGCACCAUUUCCUUCGGCUCCCGAUCAACACCACGGACUUUACAAGAUCUCGCGAGCCUUACAUGGUGGUGAAAAAAUAGCAAGUGUCGUGCCGUUGGGAGAUAUCGUACGUAGUGUCCAUCUUAUACCGAAUUUUGGUGCUGUUGUCCCGCGAGAGUGGACUAGUGAUACAGUUCUCGAUAAUUGUGACACUUUUUGGUUGAACUCAUAUAUAGACAGAUAUACUUUUUGUAUCUUCAAAUGA